AAGGAUGCAGGCUGAGGGUGUCGCAACUGUUUCGGCCGGAGAGAAAGAAUUCUCUCUCCUAGCGUAAAACCUAGUGGAAGGCUCGUUUGUGUCUUUGGUUCCAGCACUACCGACAUCACCUUAUUGAAAAUCAGGGAUACUAUCGUGGGGAGCUCUGGUUAUAAUAUCUAUUAAACACAUAUUGGGCUUACCGCGCGAGGUAGUUCCAGUUUGAAUAGGAACAUAUCUAACCCCAAGGCACGAAGAUAGUAGCUUGGACGGAUCGAACAAUGGCUGCCGCAAUAGACGCGCAAGUUACGGUCAAAUCUUCACAACCCCGUGGGGAGGGGAGUGGACAAAUGUACGACCCAAUCGCCGUUAGCCCGUCCUCCGCUGUUGAGGAUGAGAGAGGCGCGGGCAACGACAAUGAUUCAAUGCCCAAUGAUCCGCUUAAGGACAUGAAAAACUUGCCAGGAUCUCUCGAUGGGACUGUUAUGUAUAAUUGGAUGAAAGAUAUGAACACUCGAAUUGCUUCUCUUGAGAGGGCAGAGAAUGAGAAGGAUGACGAGACAGACGAUGAAGCUGCCGAUAAGAAGAUGGAAGAUGGGUUCUAUGACAUGUUUCACACUGUGCCCGAAGUUCGAGAGUGUGAUUGGGAACACUUCAAAAACAAAUAUUCCGAUGAAGAAUGCAACUAUAGCAUUGACAUAUAUAUGUUGCCUGAGGAUCGAGCAGCGGAGGUAGAGGCCGAGCACAUCGCUCGACUCCCCCCAGAAACGAGAUUGAACUACAUGAGGUCACCACGUUUGCUGCGCCGGAUCAUGAAGGCCAACGAAGACAAGUGGAAGCCCGGUAUUAACCGCGUUCGUAUCAACUCGGGUAUCAUCUUAGCCUAUCUUGACAAAACCAACGUUCAAAGCUCUUGGUCAACCCUGCCUCAUACUUUUAUGGCACCAUUCAAGACUUUUAUUCACUUUCAUAGCGCGAUGGAAGCAGAUCUUCGUGUCUUGGAAGAAAAGUAUGGCCCGAACAGUGGUGCGAAGCUAGAAAAACCGCCAGAGACGACAGGAGAGGAUAACGAUCGAGUAUUGACAGGGAACGACACUGCUGCUAAAUCCCAAGGUGUGGGUAUUGCAUCAUUUACUGAAGAUGAGGACAAGAGUCAGCCGAUCAACCCCCAACAAGUGCCUGUACCUCCGAUCGAGAGGCAUGAGAGCUAUUUGAAAAGACAUGAGAUAAUGGCUCUCAUGGACAGUGAACAAGCUUACAAGGAUAUGAAGCUAUACGUGAACUUUAUAAAUGAGAGGAUCAUGCCAACAUAUAGAAUGUUUGAACAGGCCGAUUACAGCACCAAUAUGAAAGUACGGUAUGACGAGCUCUGGUCUUUGUUUCGAAUUGGAGAGCUAGUGUAUCAACGGGCAAACCCGAAGACUGAGUCUUCGGUGAACAACGCACAGGGGCCACAAGCGGCAGCUACAACCCAUCGGCUAUGGCGUCUCUAUUUUAUAUCCCAGCAAGCUCCAACGUGGAAGGUGAAUCAGAUGGAAUCUGUUGAUAAUGAUGAGGGGCUGGUUUCUGACGAUGCUGACAAGAAGAGGCAAGAUAACUUCAGCGCCUAUUCACUCGACUUUGAUGGAGAGAAAUACUCAGCCGUGAACAGAACCUUUUCAAUCCCCUAUUACGAAGGGGAGAAGGAGAUCCACGAGCUCCCCAUAUUCCCGCUGCGGUUUAUGAAGGAUGGGAACGCCAUCUUAGAAAAGUUGAAGCAGCGCGGAAAUACAUUUCGAGAGCUCUUGUCGAAAGGAAAAGUCGCUAUGGCAUAUGAUGGCUGGACCCUGAUUCAUGACCCAACUGGGGAUGUGAUGACGGACUCUGAGGGUGAUGAGAUGGCAACGCCAGAACAUAUCGACAGCGAUGUGAUUAUUGAUUUUCGCGAAGCUUUCCUCACAUUUCCUCACUGGGAACCCGAAUUUUCCACAUUUUCUAAGACGCCGAUUGAGACGAGGACCCUGCGGGAUCCAUUUACUACCAUUCAAUGGGCGGAUCCUGAACGAUCGAAACAAGUACACUGUUGGAGGGAAAUGGUUGUUGACAAAGAAUCCAUUGAUAAGAUUCGAUGGGGUGAAUUUGCGGAAACAGACAGUUACAUUUACGAGCGAUCAGAUGAUGUCAGCUCCCAGGUGAAGACUGACAUUGUUUUGUCGGACGAAGAUCUGGCACUUCUGCCUUCGCGUUUAUUCGCAUACGCCCUGCGUGACAGGAAGUUCGUCGUCAUAGACAUGGCACAUCUGAAAGCGAUACCAUCGCUUCUCAACCAGUUCAAUGACCUCAAAAUCCCCGAGAGACACAAAAAGAUGAUCUUGUCCAUCGUCUACGAGCACUUUGAGAAGAAAAAGGCUCGUCAAGCCGCUGCACGACAUGGCUUAGAGACUCACGAUCAGGACUUCAUCCGAGGCAAAGGAAGAGGCAUUGUGAUAUUGCUACAUGGCGCUCCUGGGGUUGGGAAAACCGCCACUGCUGAAGCUGUUGCUCACGCUCAGAGUAAACCGCUGUUCCCUAUUACGUGCGGAGACCUUGGGACUACCCCCGAAGUGGUAGAAGAAAGACUCCAAGAGACCUUUCGAUUGGCGAAUUUAUGGGACUGCAUUCUCCUCAUGGAUGAAGCCGAGAUAUUCCUAUCGCAGAGGCAAAAGAACGAUGAUAGUAUUUCGAGAAAUGCCAUGGUGUCAGUCUUUCUAAGGACUCUUGAGUACUACCCGGGCAUAUUGUUCCUUACUACCAAUCGGCCGGGCGCCUUGGACGAAGCUGUCAAGUCGCGCGUUCAUUUGAGCCUUAGGUACCCAGCAUUGGAGUUAUCCGAGACUAUCGCCAUUUUCCGGAUGAACCUCAAUCGACUGAAGGUCAUUGAAGAUGAGAGGGCAAGACUGAAUGGUGAGAAGGCGAUGGUGAUUAAGGAAGACGACAUACUGGCGUUCGCAUCGAAGCAUUUCCAUGAAGACGCUAGUGCAAGAUGGAAUGGCAGGCAGAUUCGCAACGCCUUCCAAAUCGCGGCGUCUCUAGCCCACUAUCAACGUCACAUUGACGGAAGUCAGCAGCAUUAUUAUAUCGGUAUGGAGCACUUCGAAGAUGUUGCUAAGGCGAGCAACGAGUAUGAUAGGUAUCGAAGGGAGCUGUUCAGUGGUAAGGACGACGAUGAGCUUGCACGGUCAAAAGAAGAUAGAGGCUAUUGGUCACCAGAUACCCCCGGCCAAGAAUCGCCGGGAUAUAUGCAGCAUUCGACCUACAGGGGUCCAACUUCCUAUGGUAGAUACUCUACUCCGCCGAGGAGAUAACCGGGAGGAUGGACAAAUGUACGAGGUGUACUUUGUUGUAUUGGUGGAUGGGCAUCGCAUCGUAAUAUUCUGAAAUGAGCCUAGUCACCAGCGAGCUCAGUAGUCAAGGCAUUAUGAUCCUAGGUAGCCAAGGUACGGGGAAGUGUUCAUAAUUAGCCUCACAAGGAUCUAAAGGCUGAGCCAAUUUGAGAACUGGAGAUGGUUUAGACGUCUGAUGGUGAAAACAGACGAAUUGAUUGUGGUGAUGAUGUGUCAGUCACAGUGCAGAUAAGAACCUAUUUUACUAUGCCAUUUCCCACAUACUUAGACUACCCAUGUAGGUACCUAUCUUAAGGUUGUGGGGGUGGGGCAUCGAAACAAUACUUACCUAAGGUAUGAGGUUAUUGAUUUGAUCUCUUAUCUUUCU